CUCUCGCCCGGGUGCGCGCGCAGCCCCCCCGCCCCCACCGCAGGCCGCCCCCGCCCGGCCCCGCCCAGCGAGCGGCCGCCGGAGACGGGGGAGGCGGGGGAGACCCUGACCGCUGAGCUGGAGGAGGCAGUGGGAGCGGGAGCUCCGACCGGCGUCUGGGCGGCGCCGCAGGAUUCACAGAUGGAUUCACUGGAAAAGACAACAAACAGAAGUGAACAAAAGUCAAGUAGAAAGUUUUUAAAAAGCCUCAUCCAGAAGCAGCCGCAGGAACUGCUCCUGGUGGUGGGGACAGGCGUGAGCGCGGCGGCCGCCCCUGGCAUCCCCGCCCUCCGCUCCUGGAGGGGCUGCCUGGAGGCCGUCCUGGAGGCUGCGGAGCAGCUGGAGGUGCUCCACCCCGGGGAUGUGGCCCGGUUCCGCAGGAAGGUGACCAAGGACCGGGACCUGCUGGUUGUGGCCCACGACCUGAUCCGGAAGAUGUCGCCUCGGACGGGCGACACCAAGCCCAACUUCUUCCAGGACUGCCUGAUGGAGGUGUUUGACAGCCUGGAGCAGCACAUCCAGAACCCGCUGGUGCUGCGGGCCAUCCUGGGCCUGAUGGAGCGGGGCACGAUGGUGCUGACCACCAACUAUGACAACCUGCUGGAGAUCUUCGGGCAGCAGCAGAACAAGCCCAUGGAGUCCUUGGAUUUGAAGGACAAGACCAAGGUCCUUCAGUGGGCAAGAGGCCACGUCAAGUACGGAGUUCUCCACAUCCAUGGCUUGUACACAGACCCCUGUGGAAUGGUGUUGGAUCCCUCAGGAUAUAAGGAUGUCACUCAGGACCCAGAAGUGAUGGAGGUACUUCAGAACUUGUACCGCACCAAGUCCUUCCUGUUCGUGGGCUGCGGGGAGACCCUUCGGGACCAGAUAUUCCAGGCGCUCUUCCUGUACUCGGUGCCGAACAAGGUGGACCUGGAGCACUACAUGCUUGUGCUCAAGGAGAGCGAAGACCAGUUCUUCAAGCACCAGGCCGACAUGCUGCUGCACGGUAUCAAGGUCGUGUCUUACGGCACCAGUUUUGACCACUUCCCGGGGUACGUGCAAGAGCUGGCCUUGCAGAUCUGCCAACAGCGGAGUCCAGAUGCCGACCGAGUGGACAGCACCACGUUGUUGGGAAAUGCGUGUCAGGGCUGUGCAAAGAGGAAGUUAGAAGAGAAUGGAACUGAAGUCUCGAAACAACUUCGACACUCAGAUGAUACUGGAGCAUCUUGAAAUCUUUAAAACCAAUAAAACCUGCAACUUGAAAACCAGCCUUCUGUAACCACAGUGCCAUACUUGAACGAUGAGGAAUGUUCAGAGAAUUCAACAUGGAUCCCUCACUUCUAAAUCAUCAUGCUCCCCAAGAGGCCCUGUUGGGGGUGUGGCCUGCAGAGGCUGGGUGGCAGUCCCAUUGUGUGUGUUUAACUGCGGGGGAGGGGCGGGGUGAAGUGCACACACUUCAGGUAUUCUUUGUGAGGGUGGUGGACAACUACCUCAGGGGCCCAAUCAGCAGGAAGGAAGGGGCCUGGUAUUCUGGGCUCCCACUUGACCCCUCCUUUGUCAAAGUGGGUUUUUCUAAUAAAAAGGGGAGAGUGAAGACUGUCCAAGCAACAGUAGUUGCCAAAGAGAAAAUAAAAAACUAGACUCUUAAGGUUUAUAGUUUUUAUGCAGAAACAUGUUACUAUAGAAAACACUUUUCAGGUGUGUGUGUUAUAUUGUUAUAUAGUAAAGAAUAUUUGAGGCACUGUAUCUGCCAGUGAGAGUGGUAUGACUUUUAAAAGAAUGACUAGAUCAAUAGGGCUUCUUUGGAAUUCUGUAAGUUUAGUAACUUCAGUUCCAAAGAAUGACAGGUCUCACUAUCCCGAGAAGCAAAGUCACUAAGAAAGAGGGAGGGCCUUUUCAAAAGUGUAGGUCAGUGUUGUGCAAAUAGGUUUUGCAGCUUGUAACUGAGAAUUUACAAGUGGAGCCCAGUCCAGGUUUUUAACUUUAUCAAUUAGAGUUUAAGUCCAAGUUUUCCAAGUCUGUCCGAGGCUGGGGAAGGUCGGCCUCUCUGUCCUCAUCUCCUGACAUCCUCUCCCAUGGCCCCGUGAAGGGAUUUGCACAGAGUGCGGCAGGUACACCUUGCAGAGGGAGGGGCCGCAGCACUGGAGCCGCCAGCACCCCAUGUUUCUCAGACCCCCCUCGGGCGGGUGGCACAGACAGCUGCUGCCUGCAGUGCUCGUGCAGAGGGUUGCUCUGUGGCCAUGGCAAAGGCCCUACUUGGUUUCUGUCGCAGAGGCUGCCUAUUUUUAUGUGAUAUUUCUUGCCAAGCACUAUCACACUUCCUGCUGCUGGCACUGGAGCUCCCCGGAGGUAUAAAGAAUAUGAAACAAAAGGUUGGGAUGUGUAGGAAAUGAGAUAAGCCAGAGACCAGCGUCAGACCUUAUUCUUUUCAAAGCAUGAAAAACAAAUCUUAUAUGCUACUCUGGUCAUAAAUAAAAUUU